ACAGUAGUGGCAUUUUGGUCCGAAUGGACUUUCCUCGUCUUCCUUACUCGUUCAAUAAAAUCUCGCGUUAACAGUUAUUCUCCCAACCAACCUUGCAAAGCAAAAAGAAAACCCUUUUUCUUCCUCUCUUCUUCUUACUUACCAUUUACGUCCAAAACGACGAAAGAGGACGAAACGCACCGCAUCGACGAUGAAGAGGCAAAAGCGCUCGGACUCGCAAAACGACAACCCGUUCCAGGUGCUGACGGAGGAGCUCAUUUUUCUCAUUCUCGACUUUCUCGAAACGGCGCCGUUGGACAAGAAGUCCUUCGCGCUGACGUGCAAAGCGUUCUACGCUGCGGAGGCCAGGCACCGCCGCGCGCUGCGGCCGCUGCGGGCGGAGCACCUUCCGGCACUCGCUGCCCGCUACCCGAGCGUAACGGACCUGGAUCUCUCUCUCUGCCCGCGCGUGGGCGACGGGGCGCUCGCGCUCGUGGCUGGCGCGUACGGGGAGACGCUGCGGCGGUUGGACCUGUCGCGAUCGCGGUGGUUCACGGGGAGCGGGCUGUUGAACGUGGGCGCGCGGUGUGGGAAUUUGGUGGAGCUGGACCUGUCGAACGCGACGGAGUUGAGGGAUGCUGGGGUCGCGGCGGUGGCGCGUGCAAAGAACUUGCGGAAGUUGUGGCUGGCAAGAUGCAAGCUGGUGACAGAUAUGGGGAUUGGGUGUAUUGCGGUGGGGUGUAGGAAAUUAAGGCUGAUUUGCUUGAAGUGGUGUGUGGGGAUUGGGGAUUUGGGUGUGGAUUUGGUUGCGAUUAAGUGCAAGGAGCUCACAUCAUUGGAUCUCUCAUAUUUACCUAUCACGGAGAAAUGUCUUCCGUCAAUAUUCAAAUUGCAGCUUCUGGAAGAUUUGGUCCUUGAAGGAUGCUUUGGCAUUGACGAUGGCAGCCUCGGUGUUGAUCUCUUAAAACAAGGGUGCAAGACAUUGAAGAAACUUGAUAUCUCAGGUUGUCAAAACAUAAGUCACACGGGGCUAUCAAAGCUGACUAGCAUUUCUGGAGGUUUAGAGAAACUCAUUUUAGCAGAUGGUUCUCCUGUCACCCUUGAUCUUGUUGAUGGUUUAAAUAAACUUUCCAUGUUGCAAUCAAUUGUACUAGAUGGAUGCCCGGUUACUUCUGAAGGAUUAAGGGCCAUUGGAAGUUUGUGCAUUUCACUUAGGGAGCUAAGUCUAAGCAAAUGUUUGGGAGUUACAGAUGAAGCUCUUUCGUUACUUGUGUCAAAACAAAAAGAUUUAAGGAAGCUUGACAUCACAUGCUGUCGCAAGAUAACUGAUGUUUCCAUUGCCAGCAUUGCAAAUUCAUGCACGGGUCUCACUUCUCUGAAAAUGGAGUCAUGUACUUUAGUUCCACAGGAAGCAUUUGUCUUGGUUGGACAGAAAUGCCAUUAUCUUGAGGAGCUUGACCUAACAGAUAAUGAAAUUGACGAUGAAGGUCUUAUGUCCUUAUCUUCUUGUUCUAAGCUAUCCAGCUUGAAAAUAGGAAUAUGCCUGAACAUAACUGAUCGAGGACUUACCUAUGUUGGCAUGUUUUGCUCAAAAUUAAAGGAGUUGGAUCUUUACAGAUCUACAGGAGUAACUGAUGUGGGCAUUUCAGCAAUUGCUGGCGGUUGCCAUGGCCUUGAGAUAUUAAACACAUCCUAUUGUACUAGCAUCACGGAUAAGGCUCUAAUCUCUUUGUCAAAAUGUUCAAAAUUGAAAACACUUGAAAUUCGUGGAUGUAUUCUUGUUACAUCCAUAGGACUGGCAGCUAUUGCGAUGAAUUGCAGACAACUUAGCCGUCUAGACAUAAAAAAGUGUUACGAGAUUGAUGAUAGUGGGAUGAUUCCCCUUGCUCAUUUCUCCCAAAAUCUUAGACAGAUAAAUUUGUCGUAUAGCUCAGUUACAGAUGUAGGUCUUUUGUCACUUGCUAGUAUCAGUUGCCUUCAAAGUUUUACCAUGCUUCACCUGCAAGGAUUGGUUCCAGGAGGACUGGCUGCAGCUUUAUUAGCAUGUGGAGGGCUAACAAAAGUGAAGCUUCAUCUUUCUCUGAGAUCUCUGUUACCUGAGCUACUUAUCAGACAUGUAGAAGCACGGGGCUGUGUGUUUGAAUGGAGAGAUAAAGAGUUUCAGGCUGAAUUGGACCCGAAAUGUUGGAAACUACAGUUAGAAGAUGUGAUGCAAUAGAUUGUCUCAGGUUGUUUGAAGUUUUGAUAAAAGCGACUUGCGAAUGGCAGGCGAAAUACAGGUUGUAGAAUAAUCACAUGCGUGUCUCGGACAAUCAAUUAGAAUCCAUCCACUUCUAUCUACUCUAUCUACCCCACCUACACUACUAGAACUAAAGAAAAUAGUAUGAAAAACCUUAGAAACAUUAUGUUAAGUCCAUUGGAGGAUACAUAGGCUUUGCAAAGGAGGAGCCGAUUGUCCUUCCGUUAGGCUACAUAGAUAGUUUUGGAUUCCGUCCCAACUCAAAUAAUUAAGCUCUCUUUGGGAGAAUGUUGAACAAGGGCAUUUGCUUGUGUGAGAAAUUGGCAAUCAAGGGUAUAAAAGUGAAGAAGUUUUGUUCAUUUUUUUUUUUCUCUUUUGGAUGCAAAAACCAGAACAAGUGUAUAAAAUCUAUCUAACAUCUCAUUGUUUGAUUAUUUAUUUUGGGAAGUACAAUUGGAAGAAUUUUCAAAGAAUGGAAGAGCACGGGAGGUUGGAUGUAUAAAUACAGUGACUGUUUUUAAUGCUAUCUUUUCUUUUGGCUGGGAAAA